AUGUUUGCAUUAAGAUCGUUCUGCAGAGAUCUUUUCUUUCUCGUCGCCCUCAUCUCUAUCUGCAGUAAAUGUGAUGCAAAGAGGACAGUUAGUCGCUCACGUCGAUCGGUGCCCAGUGACGAGUGGACGAAAUCUUUUCAGGAUUAUGGCGGUGUGCCAAGUGAUCGCUUUUAUCGAGUCAAUUUCUACGAUGCUCCUUUUGAGAAACGAUCUGAACAGGCUCUCCGUUUUCUUGAACGUCCCACUCGACGCGAUUACAAUAUUUGGCUAAAACGAUUGGGGAAAAGAGCGGAUCGAAAUGCCCGUUCAAAAGAUUUUGGAAGAGUUUGGCUGAAGAAACUUGGAAAAAGAAUGCUUAUG